AUGGCGGCCACACGGCCGUCCGGGGCGCGGAGCAGCAUGAGCGCGGGCGGAGGCGCGGGGCUCGCGGCGCGGCCCCGGGAGGGCAGUCCCGAGGCGGGUGGCUUUGCCCCGUCGGCGCUGGGAACCCGAGAGCAUUGGGAUGCGGUCUAUGAGAGAGAACUGCACAGUUUCCAAGAAUAUGGAGAUACAGGAGAAAUCUGGUUUGGGGAAGAGAGCAUGAGCCGACUAGUCAGGUGGAUGCAGGAACACGAGAUCCCACUGGGUGCUGCAGUGCUGGACAUCGGGACCGGAAAUGGUGUUCUCCUGGUCGAACUUGCAAAAUUCGGUUUCACUAAUAUUACUGGAAUUGAUUACUCUCCAUCUGCAAUACAGCUUUCUGGAAGUAUUAUAGAGAAAGAAGGUUUAUCUAACAUUAAUUUGAAGGUCGAAGACUUUUUGAAUCUUUCCACAGAGCUGUCUGGAUUUCAUAUUUGUAUUGACAAGGGGACUUUUGAUGCCAUAAGCCUGAGUCCUGACAAUGCGGUAGAGAAGAGGAAGCAGUACGUGCGAUCUCUCUCCAGGGUGCUGAAAGCGAAAGGCUUUUUUCUAAUAACCUCAUGUAAUUGGACCAAGGAAGAGUUGCUAAAUGAAUUCAGUGAAGGAUUUGUACUUUUCGAAGAACUGCCCACACCCACGUUCAGCUUUGGAGGCCGAUCUGGACACAGUGUCGCCGCGUUGGCUUUCCAGAAAACGUGAGACUUUUCCUUGGACAAAUUCACAUAACUUCUUCCAAGAAGCUCUACAGCCAAGCACACCUGACACAGAAAAUGCAAGUGCCAGUCAGUGCUUAGUAAGUACACAGGCCGCACACGGUGGACAGACAUGAAAAAUCACGGCCUGUGCGCGGUUGAGUGUGAGAGAUCAACCAAGAAUAGGUUGAAAUAUUCUUUUGUAUUUGAAAUGUCAGUCUUUUUUUCCUGUUUGAUUAAAAACAAUUGUCUAUACCUGCUGAACAGUUAAAAACUUUCAAAGCAGUAAAUGAGUUUACGGAAAGCAUGCGUUCCUGACCUGGGCUGUGGUAAAGUUGGAUUGAAUAUAGCUGUAUAUUAUGUUUCCGGACUAUUCCAGGGCCAGGACAAUAGCAGAACAACUUUCUUAGUACAUUAUUAGCCUGUUUAUGAAACAUAAUAAGCCUACUAUUUUGGGUUGUAUGGUGGUUAUUUAAAAAAAUUAUUUAAUAGCUGAGAAAAUUCUCUAGCCUUCAUAUAUAUAGUUAAACAAAAUCAGGUAAAUAUAUCAGUUGACCAGAAAUAUUAAUUGAGCUUGUACUUGGUGGCUGGUGGCAUUUUACACCCUGAGGGAUAAAUAGGAAGUAGAACGAAAGACAGCUGAGAGAGACUGUCGCAGGCUAGCACGGUGC